CUAAAAAAUCAUUAAACCGUGUUCGUCAAAGUUGAGCUGGCGACAUCGACAACGCACUGACGGCACAGACUUAUAAUAUUAUUUUUCUUUUUUUGAAAAAGAGUAAUUAAUUCCUAACGAAAUAUGCGUUAAUCGAUGUUUUUCUUGUUUGUGUAAUCUUUCUAAACAAUGCCUAAUAAGUUGUUUAUGUGAUAAGUGUGUUUUUGUGUGUGUAUGUGUGUGUGUGUGUGAGGAAAAAAUAGAACCAAAAAUGUAUCACCACGAGUAUGAAAAGAGACUUUUAAAGCCUAGCAACGAUGACCACACGGACUCUCCAUCACCAACGGGUCUUUCAUCGCCCGCAUAUUAUUCACCAACAAAAAUUGGAAACAACAGCUACGAUCGUUUUAUUCCAACGCGAGCUGGAAAUAAUUGGCAGGUAUCAUUUUCAAUGAUAUCAGAAAAUAGUCGAAGUGGUUUAGUUACAAAAAAAACACGGGAAAAUGGUGAAGGUAGUCGUGAUGGAAUUGCCUAUUCGUGUCUAUUAAAAAAUGAAUUACUCGGUGCAAGCAUUGAAGAUGUUAAAGGUCAAUGCGAUGAGCGAAGAAUAUUAUCGCCGCUCAGUAGUAAAAAUCUUUUUAGGUAUAUGACACCAACAAAAGAUCGAACACUUUUAAACCAGAGUUUGCCUUAUUCCCUGUCACCGCUCAGUGCCAAGAGCCAGAAGCUCCUACGUUCGCCUCGAAAGGCAACAAGAAAAAUUUCCAGAAUUCCAUUUAAAGUUCUCGAUGCACCAGAAUUACAGGAUGAUUUUUAUUUAAAUCUCGUCGAUUGGUCAUCGCAAAAUGUUUUAAGCGUAGGACUUGGAAGUUGCGUUUAUCUUUGGUCGGCUUGUACUAGUCAAGUGACAAGAUUAUGUGACUUAUCUAGUGAUGGAAAUACGGUUACAUCGGUCGCUUGGAACGAGAGAGGAAACCUCGUCGCCGUUGGCUCACAUUCUGGCUAUAUCCAGGUAUGGGAUGUGGCAGUGAAUAAAGAAGUAAGUAAAUUGGAAGGUCACAAUGCAAGAGUGGGCGCCUUAGCAUGGAAUGGAGAAGUUUUAUCAUCGGGAAGUCGAGAUCGAUUGAUUCUUCAACGAGACGUAAGAACACCAUCAGUGGUGGGUGAACGUCGUUUAGGUGCUCACAGACAGGAAGUUUGUGGCCUAAAAUGGUCACCAGACAAUCAAUAUUUAGCAUCGGGUGGUAAUGAUAAUCGUCUCUAUGUUUGGAAUCUUCAUUCAUUAUCGCCAGUGCAAACAUACACGGAACAUACAGCCGCAGUGAAAGCAAUUGCCUGGUCACCCCAUCAUCAUGGCCUUCUUGCAUCAGGCGGUGGUACUGCCGAUCGACAUAUACGUUUUUGGAAUACAUUAACCGGUCAACCAAUGCAGAGCAUCGACACCGGUUCACAAGUUUGUAAUCUCGCUUGGAGUAAACAUAGUUCGGAAUUAGUCAGUACACAUGGCUAUUCGCAAAAUCAAAUUCUCGUUUGGAAAUAUCCCUCAUUGACUCAGGUAGCCAAAUUAACUGGACAUUCCUAUCGAGUUUUAUAUUUGGCAAUGUCACCCGAUGGCGAGGCAAUUGUCACUGGCGCUGGCGAUGAAACACUUCGCUUUUGGAAUGUUUUUAGUAAAGCUCGUAGUCAAAAAGAAAAUAAAUCGGUACUGAAUUUAUUCACUAGCAUUCGGUAAUUUAAUAUUAUUUAAAAACAAAAAAAAGAAAAUUUAAAAUUAAAAAACAAAAAAAAAUACUAAAUGUAAUGACAUAAGAGAGAACAAAUUAUAUCGUGCAUCGAGCUUUCAACUUUUUCUCAGUAUGGCGGGGAAUAAAUUAUUAUUCUGAGAAAGUCAAAGCUUGUUUGCUCUAAUAAUGUAAAUAACAAAAUGGUAAUGAAAAAAAAAAAUUAAUAACAUUUAAAUGUUUUAUAUUCUUUAAAAGAAUUUUUCAAAUACAAGUUUUAGUAGAGAGAGAGAGAGAAACCAUUAACUGGUUUUUUUUUUUUAAUUGUAAAGCUUUGCAGUCUGCAAAGUGACGAGCCAAUUCUCGUGCAAUACUUUAACACUGCACCUUUCAUCCGAUUUUCAAUUUAAAUGAUAAUUAUAAUUUUUCAAAAAGGUUAUUUUUCUUUGGAAUAUGUUUUUAAAAGUCAAAAAUAUGUUCUUGAAUUAAUAAAAAAUAGACUUUUUGCAAAUGAUUCAAAUUUGAAAUAAUUAAUUUUUUUCAAGUCAUAUUUAUAAUCGUGAGGAAAAAUUCAAUUUUUAACAAAAAUUAAUUAGAUACAGUUUAAAAUUAUAGAAUUAAAAAAAAAAUGUAACUUUAAUCUAAAACAAUUUGUUAACAUAAUUAUUUGUUUAAAAAAUUUUAAAUAGAAAAUAAUAUUAAUAAUUAUUUUAAAAUAAUAAAUAUAUAUUUAAUAUUUUAAUAUUAUUAUUAUUAUUAUUAUUAUUAUAUUAUUUUAAUAAUAUUUUCUAUUUCCAAACUUAAAAUUUUGAACAAUUAAUAAAAGUAAAAUAGGUAUUAUCAAAUAUAAGAAUUCAUUAAUUUAAAAUUACUGAAAAAAUCCCCUCGAAUGAAUAAAUUUUGGUAGAAGUUUAAAUUAAUAAUAAAAGAAAAUCGGAGUCUCAAUACAUGAAAAAAAAAAAAUUGUUAAUUUCGGGGAAAAGUGCUCUAUAUGCUCUAAAGUUUGCAGAUUGUCUCUUUAGAAUAAAAUACAUAUUCUAAUAAAACAAAAAAAAAAUAAAAUAAAAUUUUGUCUUUCUAUCUGCGGAGUUAAAGAUUUUUCUUUUCUUUGAAAAUUGUCAAACCGCCUACCUCUAAUCAGAAUAUUAGUUUAUAAAUAAAAAAUCUGCGGUAAACUUGUCAGUCAUGUAUAAAAUAUGUUGACCAGGAUUAAUGAAUUGACUAAUUUAUAUUAAACAUAAUAUAAAUAUAAAAUAUAUAUUAUAUUAUAUAUAUAUAUAUAUAUCGCAAAGUUAAAUUUGCUUUACGAUUAUAAAGAAAGUCGACAAAGAUAGAAUGGAGUACAAAUAAUGGUCAGAAUAAUGUUUUGGGUAUAGUAGUUUAAAUUACGACUUUUUUUUUAUUUUAUUUUUUUUUCUAGGAUUGAGGAAUUCGAAUUGUUUAACAUUUCGAAAUUUCAUAUCGCGUUGCUUUAAGGCACCCUUAAAAAUUUAUAUAAAGGCUGAUACGUUUUGUAUUAAAACAAAAUAAAAAAAAAACAGAAGAGCAAGACUAUUAUAAAAACUAACGUACUACAUAAUUGAAAAAUUGACUUAUAUUAUUAUUUAAAAAAAAAAUUCUUUUCUUUUACACAUAUGCUUUCUUCCUUUUUUUUCUUGAACUUUAGCAAUAGUAAAUCUAAGCGUAGGUUUAAUUUGUGAUUUAUUAAGUUCUCUGGUCAAAGAUCGCUUUGUUGAAAAAAAUAUUUUAUUUUACACAUGUUAUUAAAUUACAUGUGGUUUUAAUAAAAAAAAAAAAAAAAAAAAAUUCUACCGAACGAAAGUGAUCAUGAAAUUUGUAAAAUUUCAUUUAAUUUAAUUUUUUUUUUUUGAAUUUAUUUAAAAAUUUACCCAAGUUUAAAAAAAUCACAUUUUGUAUCGGAAUUUUUACAAAUAUCAAGAUCAAUUAUUUCAUUAUAAUGAAACCAUGAAAUGUUUCAAUAUUAUAUUUACAUAGAAACACUUUACAUUUAAAGAAGGGGAGGGAGAAGAAAAACAACAUCGUCUUGAAAUGACAAGUAAAAAUAAAAAAUUUAGUAAAACUAAUUUCGAAUUUUUAGUUUGAUGUACUAAGUAGAUAUAUGUAAAACGGUGAUUUUUUUUAUGUGUUGUGUGGCGAGCAAUGCGUUUAUAUAUAUUAUAUAUGCUUUUUUUAGCGUAGUUUAUCCUUUGGAAUUCAAAAAUGAAUUGAUUUCCCUUCAAAUGAAGAAUUAAUCUACUAAUUAUACAUAUAUUAAUUCUUAUAUACAUAAUAAUAUUAUGUCUCUAGCUUUUUGAAUUUUGUGCAAUCAAUCAUUUUUGAAAAUUGUAUUUUGAUAUAAUGUAUAGUUCUCUUUAAUAUAGUCAUUAGAAAGAAAGAAAAAAAAACAGUAAUCUAAACGUGCGUCGAAAAAAAAAAAUACUUGUUGAAAAAUUUAUCAAGUUUUUUGUCGUUUUCAUGAUUAAAUAUCGUUCGUUAGAGAAAUCAUUGUACAAAAAGAAAAAAAAUAUAAAAAUAAAAAUUAGCGAUCUUCUCGAAAAUUGUGAAUUUGUGUAAAAAAAAAAAAAAAAAAAAAAAAAAUAUGGAAAAUGUUUUGCAACAAGAUAAAUUCGAUAUAUUUUAGUUUCAUUUUUUGGAAAAAUUUAUUUUACUUCUAAUUUUUUGAUAUGAAUAUUAAUUUAUUUGAUUAAAAAAAAAUUUCUCUUUUUAAUUGUUUAAUUAAAUUCUUGUUGCUUAACUUUUGGUCUUUUGAGGAAAUUCUUUUAUUUUUUAUUUCCAAUUAGUAAAUUCAUUUUAAACUGAUAUCAACAGUAACUAGUAAAUAUUUAAUAAUAAAAUAUUGAAAACUGUAAUAUGCAAGUAAAACAAUAGCUGAAAAAGCAUUAAUGACACAUACAUACAUACACACACUGUAUCAAGUCUGUUAAAAUGAACAAACAGACUAUAAUACUAGACGAACAUAAUUUAAAAAUAGCGUGAUGCAAUCUAGUAUAUAUAUUUUUUAUGUAUUUGAUUUAUACAGAAUUAUAUCGAAAUAUAUUUUCUCUUGGCAAACAAUAAAUCUGAAAAUAAAGAAA